AUGCCGGAGGAUACGGGAACAUAUAUACUUCGAAAAGGUCAUGCUCCAGUCGUUCAUGGAGACGCAUACAACGGUCUUAAAUGCUUUUCUGACCUUAGAGACGCAAAGAACUAUACAGUUAUAAGGAAAUAUGUGAAGAAGAAAGGCAUGCGCCGUUUGGAUCUGAUCUAUCGUUUAUCACGUGGUAUCGCUUCUGCAGCUCCCAAAACUAGUACAGGAAUUGAACACGCUGAUGCAUUGGCGAAAGCUGGAGGUCGAAAAGCCAACUGGAAACUGUACAAAGUGGGCGACUACCUAAACAUGAACAAUUAUUCUUUCUACCAAGCAGAAAUCACAAUGGCUAAACAUCGCCUACAACAACCAACAAACAAAAAGCCUGAUGUGCUGCCGAAAGUGAAACCUGAUCUGGCGCCGAAGCCAAAGCCGCAGUAG